GCUAAAAUUUGUUAAAUAAAUUUAAUAUCAUUCCUUGCCGUGUGCUAUAAAAUAAAGAAAACGUUUAGUGUUGCCUUACUGCAAAUGCGCUGUCAAUGCCAAUCAUAGCAAAAUUACAGCUCGUCUAACAUUUGCGAAAUAACAAAAACAAACGCGCAAUUAGCAAAAACAAAUACUAACAAACAAGAAAGAAUAAAUAAAUUCACGUGAAUAUCGCCGCAAUUUAGCACAAGCUUUGUGCGCAUUAUUAGUGGGACGUCUGCAUAUUAAACUUAUUGAAAUAUUAGAAGGGGACAAAGCCUACAAAUUGGCCUGCAAUUAGGCAGACACCCGCACCCGCACCCGCCGCCCUUUUUCUCGUUUUCGCCCUACAUUUCUAGUCUCAAGUUAUAUACAUAUACGAAAAUAAACAGAAAACGGUCCCAAUAUGACUGCUGCCCCAUAUAAUUACAACUAUAUAUUCAAAUACAUUAUCAUUGGAGACAUGGGCGUGGGUAAAUCCUGCCUCUUGCAUCAAUUUACGGAGAAGAAAUUCAUGGCCAAUUGUCCGCACACAAUUGGCGUGGAGUUUGGCACUCGAAUCAUUGAAGUCGAUGAUAAGAAAAUUAAAUUACAAAUUUGGGAUACAGCUGGUCAGGAACGUUUUCGUGCGGUAACACGCUCUUAUUAUCGCGGUGCAGCUGGCGCGUUGAUGGUGUAUGAUAUAACCAGACGCUCCACUUACAAUCAUUUGAGCAGCUGGUUGACCGAUACGCGUAAUCUCACAAAUCCCAGCACUGUGAUCUUUCUAAUUGGCAAUAAAUCCGAUUUGGAGAGCACGCGCGAGGUGACCUACGAGGAGGCCAAAGAGUUUGCCGACGAAAAUGGUCUAAUGUUUUUGGAAGCCAGUGCAAUGACGGGCCAAAAUGUGGAGGAGGCUUUUCUAGAAACCGCACGGAAAAUCUAUCAGAACAUUCAGGAGGGUCGUCUGGAUCUGAAUGCGUCAGAAUCGGGUGUACAGCAUCGACCAUCGCAGCCGAGUCGAACAUCGCUGAGCAGCGAGGCAACGAAUGUUAAGGAUCAGUGCUCGUGUUAAAUGAAUUAACUUUAAACGUACACACAUAUAUACACUAUACUUUAUAUAUAUACAUAAACAUAGAUAUACAAAUCUAAAUUUUAUUUUAGCGCAACUCGUAAUCUUAAUUUCUUAUCUAUCUUCUAAACAUAUGAAAGGAAUAUGCAAUGGAAACAAAAGAAAACAAAUGUAGUUAAAUGAUUCGUUUAAGUCGUAAAGUGUGUGAACAACAAGAUUUGUAAACAAACAACGCAAUGCAAAAUAUACGAUACCAUAUGACAAGCGUAA